GUCGACUUAAACAUCUCUCAAUCUUGAUUGAACUCGUCUAUCGUUAGCUUGGCUGUUAAUUUCACCUGGAAUAAUGAGUGAAUAAUGAAAUACUACAUUUCAGAUAAGUUAUGGUGGGAAGUUUGUGACUGAUGGUGGAGAUAUCGCCUACAUGGGAGGCAAAACUCAUAUACUUCAGACACAUGCUGAAGCUUUGUUUAGAGGUUUGAAGAAUGACUUCCCCAUGUCUCUGUCUGGUCAGUGAAUCUGGUACAAAAUACCGUAUGACUCCAUGAAGCAUCUCGAAAUAUUAAUUUAUGGUGCUCAGAGUUUUGCAAGGAUGUGUGAAGCUUCAAAGUGGACUAAGUUUAUUGAAGUUUUUAUGGAGCAUGAAGAUGUGAAUGAUGAUGAACAGAAUGAAGAUGUGAAUGAUGAAGAGCACAAUGAAGAUGUGAAUGAUGAAGAACAUAAUGAAGAAGGAGAACCAGAAAGACCAACUGGCGAGACAGAAGAAGAUGAUUCGGAGGGACAGAAUGACGAGACAGAAGAAGAUAGCAAUGAAAAUGGAGAUCGUGAAUUUGAAGAGGACAAACAUGUUGAAGCUGAUGUGGGUGAAAUCUCUGAUGAUGAAGAUAAUAAAAACUACAAAAACACACCUCCUUGUUAUUAUGGCGAAGAAGAAGAAAAUCCUCGGCCUUAUCAAGGAUGGAAGAGAGGCAGUGGAGAGUUACACAUUAGGCAAGUGUUUGAUAGUGUCAAAGACUUCAAGGAUGAUGUAUUUGAGUAUGCACUAAAAGGAGGUUGGAAUCUUCAACUCACGAGAUGGAGCGAUGUAAAAUCUUUGGCAAUAUGUGGAGUAGAAAUGGAUGAAGGCGAAACCCCAUGUUCUUGGAGAAUAUAUUGUUCGUAUGAAGAAUCUUUUGUCAGUGGAUGGUGAAGACAUUUCAAGAUGUCCACACUUGUUUCAAAGAUGGACGUUGCAAGAUAUUUUUGGAUUCACGCAUAGCUAAGUUGUUCUUAAAUGAACUCGUGGAGGAUCUGAAAUGAAACCAAAAGCAAUCAAAGAUCAGAUUCAGCUGCGUUAUGAUUUGAAUUCAUCUGAUGACCAAUGUCGGAAAUCGAGGAAGAAAGGUGUGGAUCUCAUUCAAGCUGAGUACGAUGAACAAUUUUGUAGGAUUAAGGAAUAAGAAGUUGAAAUUAAAAGGUGAGGCAAUCACUUAAAGAUUUGUAAAUUUUGUGUGUUUUAACAC